GUUUCAAAAUUUUCGUUGUCUUUUCAAAAUCUAAAUCAGACGUUCACAAUGAUGUGUGGUUAACCAAUAUGGCGGGCGCGAUGUUGUUUGAAAGAGCGCAAUCUGUUUCUUCGCACCACGAUAAACUUCUGGAAAACCUGAAACGCGAACAAGAAGAACGCGACGAUGAAGAAAACAUCAAAAAUAAGGAGCAGGACAUCCUGAAUUUGGGCGAGAAGUAUAAAAAAGAGGGUAAGGCUAAGGAACUCGCGGAACUAAUAAAGGCCACAAGACCGUUUUUGGGGGAAAUAAGCAAGGCCAAAGCUGCUAAACUGGUUAGAUCUUUGGUCGACUUCUUCUUGGACUUGGAGGCUGGCAUUGGUAUAGAAGUGCAACUGUGUAAAGAAUGCAUAGAAUGGGCAAAGGAGGAACGAAGGACUUUCCUCCGUCAGUCACUUGAGGCGAGGUUAAUAGCCCUAUAUUUCGAUACCGGUAUGUUUGCAGAGGCUCUGCUGUUAGGAUCAACUCUACUUAAAGAACUCAAAAAGCUAGAUGACAAGAAUUUGUUAGUUGAAGUGCAACUGUUAGAAAGCAAAACCUAUCAUGCUUUAAGCAAUUUACCUAAGGCCCGUGCCGCUUUAACUUCCGCUCGUACCACCGCCAACGCAAUCUAUUGCCCCCCCAAAAUGCAAGCCGCCCUUGAUUUGCAAUCAGGAAUUCUGCAUGCAGCUGACGAGAAGGAUUUUAAAACUGCCUAUUCAUACUUUUACGAAGCGUUCGAGGGUUUUGACAGUGUCGAAUCACCGAAAGCUCUAACAGCCUUGAAAUACAUGCUGCUCUCAAAAAUAAUGCUCAACAACCCAGAAGACGUGCAACAAAUUGUCAGCGGGAAAUUAGCAAUAAAGUAUGCCGGUCGUGAUAUUGAUGCCAUGAAAGCUGUGGCACAAGCAUCCCACAAAAGGUCUCUGGCUGAUUUUCAGCAGGGUGUCAAGCAGUUUAAGCAUGAGUUGGAAGACGAUGUUAUUGUGAGAGCACAUCUGGGUACAUUGUACGAUAACAUGCUUGAACAGAAUCUGUGUAGGAUUAUCGAGCCUUAUUCAAGAGUUCAGGUCGAUUAUGUUGCUAAAACUAUUAAGCUUCCAAUGCCACAAGUUGAGAAGAAGUUGUCACAGAUGAUUUUAGAUGCUAAAUUUCAUGGAAUUUUGGAUCAAGGAGAAGGUGUGCUUAUUGUAUUUGAAGAAACUCCAGUAGAUAAAACAUAUGAAAUGGCUUUAGAAACAAUACAGAGUAUGAGUAAAGUGGUAGAUACACUUUAUCAGAAGGCUAAAAAGUUGUCUUAGGUUUAUAUUUUACUUAAUAAUUAAACAAAAUAUAAAAUAAACAGACUGUAUUUUUCCUACAUAAAAAUUUACCUGAUAAUAUAACAGUUUCCUCAAUAACCAUAAAAAUUGGCAUUAUUUCAGUACUAAAAGAACAUGUUAAAAUGUAAAUAAUUAACAUAUUUUUAGUUUUUUUGGGGAUUUUACAAAUAACUAAUCAAUUGUGGUUUGUAUAAAACUUUAUUAUUAACUCCUUUGGAAUUCAUCAUUUUGUUGUAAAUUUUUAAUUUGAAAAUAUUGGUAUAAGUAAUAAAAGUUUUAACAUUUCUAGUUGUAUUUUGAUAAUUCUUAGUUAUGCUUAAACAUUGUAAAAAAUAAAUAAU